AUGCUCCCCCGCGAGGCGUGGGACAGUCAUCUCCAUUGCCUGGACCCACAGCGUUUCCCGUUCAAGCCAACGCGCGCCUAUACCCCUCCCCCGGCCACGCUCGAGAGGAUGGUACGACACCGGCAGACCAACAAGCUGAUGCUCGUGCAGGCCUCCAUUGAGGAUGGCUAUGAAGGGCUUCUGGCUCACCUCACCGAGUGUCCGAAGUUGUACCCAUCGAUCACCAUCCGGGGGACCAUCUGCUGCGAAUCGGAGCUGGACCGGUUGACUAAGGAGGAGUUCGAGCAGUGGCACGAGGCUGGUGUGCGCUGCGUUCGCAUCCACGGAGUCUAUGGGCAAUGCAGGGACCAGCCAGAGCUCAUGCGGGACCAACUCCGAGCAUUGGCUGGGUCCUACGGGGUGCGUGUGCUGGGGUGGUCCAUUUCGGCUCAGCUUCCAUUACCAGUGUGGGCUUCUUUGAGACCUUUCCUCAUAGAAGAGAAGAGCAUGCAGGAUACUAUCCUCAUCGCGGAUCACAAUGGCUGUGCGGAGCCAGAUGACAUCGAGACGUCGGAUUUCCGGGCUUUCAUGGAUCUGCUAGGGUCGGGAAGGUUGUACGUGAAGAUCGGGGCUUUGUACCGUCGCAGUCCGGACGACUUUCUCCGAAUGGAACCCGUCAUCAGGGCGAUGGCUGAGCAGGCACCUGAUCGUCUGCUCUGGGGGAGCGAUUGGCCACACGUGGUCACGAGGGGUGGGAAGCUGCAGGUAGGGGAUGUAGAUGCUGAGCUGGCUGCGUUGCGGGGAUGGCUGUCGGAGAAGGAGUGGCGUCAGAUGCUUGUUGAUAAUCCACAGUCAUUGUUCAAUACAAACGAAUAA